CUCUGACGGCGUGUGUUGGAGGGGAAGGGUGAAAUAUCACAGCACUACAGUCUUUAUAAAGAAGAAACGUCCUUAUCAUAAGAGUUCCGAGAAGCGCCAGAAAGGGUUCUCGAAUAGACCAUCACGAAAUAAGUUGAAUAUAUGCAGUAACCGUGAGUUUUAAGUGUCGGUGACCGUAGAUUAGCCGCUGCGCUAGCUGUUAUUGUGCUAACACCUCGUUUACAUCCACCGUCAUCAGGCAGCACCAGCCCUGUCCUCUCCAGUCCCCAGCCGAUCCGCUUCACAUUCGCAACUGACGGGACUCCUGCGAGCUCGCGCACUCCAGGCAACAGUUAUUGAGGUCACCCGCCCCGCUGGAAAGGGUGUCGGAGCUGAGACCGUCCCUGUGGCUCCCGUGGCCCCUUGUCAUCUUUGCCCCCCUCUCUCACCCGAAACACUGGACACACACAAGCGGCCGGAGAACGGCGAGAGGCCCGUGAAGCUGGGGGUGGUUCCAGACUCGCACGCUGUCGGAGCGCCCAAAGAGAGGCACAGUCGUGGGGACGCGCCGACUAGCAUGGACGGACUGGCGGUGGAGGUGCGCGGCUCUAACGGGGCCUUCUACAAGGGUUUUAUCAAAGAUGUACAUGAAGACUCACUCACAAUAGUCUUUGAAAACAACUGGCAACCGGAGAGACAGCUGCCGUUCAGUGACGUGAGGUUGCCGCCCCCACCCGAUUACCAAAAGGACAUUUGUGAGGGAGAUGAGGUGGAGGUUUACUCCAGAGCCAAUGAGCAGGAGCCGUGCGGCUGGUGGCUGGCGAGGGUGCGGAUGAUGAAGGGAGAGUUCUAUGUGAUCGAGUAUGCAGCCUGUGAUGCCACAUACAAUGAAAUUGUCACAUCAGAACGAAUCCGGCCAGUCAAUCCCAACAGUCCCUCCUCUCAAAGCAGUUUCUACAAAGUCCCCAUUGCUGUACCCGAGGACCUUAGAGAAAUCUGUUUGACCGAGAACUUACACAAAGACUUUAGGAAAGCAAUCGGAGCCAACUGUAUCUUCUACGACACUUCUACACACCAACUUAUUGUCCUGUCCACAAAUGAGUCCACAGUGAAACGAGCAGGGCUGCUGAGUGACAUGCACUUCCGGAGUAUUCGCACCAAACUCAUGCUGAUGUCCCGUAAUGAAGAGGCCACCAAACACUUGGAGACAAGCAAGCAGCUGGCAUCUGCGUAUCAGGAGGAAGUAAGGGUGCGUGAGGAUCUAAUGGGUCUGGCCAUCGGUACUCAUGGCGCCAACAUCCAGCAGGCCCGCAAAGUUGCCGGCAUCACAGCCAUUGAGCUGGAGGAAGAGAGCUGCACCUUCAGGAUCUAUGGAGAGAGUCCAGAAGCAGUAAAGCAGGCCAGGACAUAUCUGGAGUUUAAGGAGGAUUUCUUCCAGGUGCCAAGGGGUCUCGUAGGCAAAGUUAUUGGCAAAAAUGGUAAAAUCAUCCAAGAGAUCGUGGACAAAUCGGGCGUGGUUCGGGUCCGGAUCGAAGGGGACAAUGACAAAAAGCUGCCCAGGGAGGAGGUAGGCAGGCAGGGGGCUGGCAGAGACAACACUGUCAGCAGCCAAGAGGGAAUGGUUCCCUUUAUCUUUGUUGGAACCAAAGAGAACAUCAGUAAUGCCCAGGCCUUGCUGGAAUACCACGUGGCCUAUCUACAGGAGGUGGAGCAGUUGCGUCUCGAGCGUCUACAGAUUGAUGAGCAGCUCCGGCAGAUCGGGGUGGGAUAUCGUGCUCCCCCAAGCCGCUCUGGUUCAGGGGUCGGUGGUGAGCGUGACAGGGGCUACCUCACGGAUGAGAGCUCCAACUCCCUGCAGACCACACGCACAUAUGGAGGAAGAGGCCGUGGGCGUAAAGCAAACAAUGCAUUCUCUGGCUAUGGAACAAACUCUGAAAUGUCCAAUGCAUCAGAGACUGAAGAAAUAGUGGACCGGGAGCCCAGGCCCAGAGGGAUUGAAGGAGAUGAGAGAGGCUCUAAACGUGGAGGUCGUGGUCGUGGCUCUAGUGCAGGCAGGGGCCGGGGAGGACCGGUACCCCGAAACACUAACACUAUCAGCUCAGUACUCCGAGAUCCAGACAGUAACCCGUACUCUCUGCUGGAGGGUGAAGGUGAACUAGGCGGAGAUACAGAUGCCAGCGAGAGCAUGGGUGGCAGUGACCGCAGGAGACGUUCCCGCCGUCGCCGAAACGACCAGGAACCCAGCCUGAUGGAUGCAGCUGCUAACGAAUCAGACAGUCAGGCAGCCGCCAGUGAGAACGGACUGGAAGAGGAGGGCAGGCCCCAGCGCCGCAAUAGAAGCCGCCGCCGCCGUAAUCGUGGCAACCGCCCUGAGGGAGGCUCCACCAGCCGUGAUAGACAGCCAGUUACUGUUGCUGACUUAAUCUCUCGUGCCGAAUCCCAGAGCAGACAGAACCUCCCAGGGAAGGAGGAGGAGACCCAACACGUAUCCCAUCCCAAGGAAAAUGGGACUAGUGUAAGCAAGGAAGCACGUACUCCCUCCAAGCGUUCCCCCAGCAACGGCGUGGCAUCCCCUGGGGGAGCUCUAACCCUGGUGAAUGGGGUGUCGUAAAACGGUCAUCUCGCCCCCUUAAGACCCACGUCUAGAGCAAGACACCAUGGCGAAUUCUGUCCCUGCUUGCAUUCACGUAAACCUUUAAACUGACGAAUGAAAAUCGACAAAAAUCCUUGAAUUCAUACAAGUUUACAAGGAGAAAAAGAUACAAAAAAAGACGAACGCAUCUACUUUAAACAACACAUAACGGUGUAUGUUUAUCCUAUCUAUCAGUACUUAUUGCUUAUUUAAGACAAGCUUGCCAAAAAUGAGCUGGUGGAUAUGACUCCAAUAUCUGACAUAACACAGAAAACAGGACGUGACUAUUUGGGUUUUAUUUUAGAGAAUUUGUUUCGUUUUUGUUGUCGUCGUUGCUGUCAUUAUUUGUUUUUGAUUGUUUGUACUCAUUGGUAAUGGGAUUGUGAAAACUCUCCCAAACAGAUGCAUCUCUGAAACAGUGUUAGCAAAAUGAGGGAGGAGCUAGCGGAGAGGUGAUGAGAUGAGAUGAAGGUGGAGCCUCUCGUAAGUGAUUAAGGGCAAAAAGGGGAAGCGGAGAGACAUUGUGCCUUAAAUUAAGAAAAAAAAACUUGUGUUUUCUUUUUUCUCCUUAGUAUUUGCAUUGAUCAUGGGAUGAAGUAGGUGGUUCCUGUUUUUCUGUGUUUUUAUUUUGUCCAAGGAAAGGAUUAUGCAGAAAAAGAGUUCAGGGUUUAGAUUGGGGGAAAAGAUGGAUAAUUAAUGCCAAACAUGAAAUUAGGACUUUCGUCCACAGUCAAGUCAUUAUUUGAAAGCUGUUUAAUCUGUUUGUUUGUUUGUGCGUGUGUGUGUGUGUGUUUGUGUUUGUGUACAUGUAUAGUUGUGAGAGAUACAGCACAAGCAUAUAAAUUAGGAGGACCGUUACAUGAUCCAAGAGGCAACCCAGUAGAAUCGAGAAGAGAUUCUUUGUGUCCCGUUAAACAAGGAAAAGUGACACGAGUGUCAUUCCCUCAUUCAAUGCCAGUGUCCUGGGCCUUAGCUGUUAUGGAAGCAUCCUUUUUCAAACAGAAUCGGAGAGAUAGACAAAUAAUUAACAACAAACUGACAGGUUCCGAGUGUUUAUGUUUUUUAGUAUUUCAUCACAUCUUUCCCCAGCAAUCCACCUAAACUUCUAGCAGAAUGAAUGCAUGUGGAAGGUAGCACAUAGACACACACUAGAUGGCUUGCAGCCCUUUGGUUUCAACUUACUGAAGGGCAGGAGGGGUUGACUCCUCAUGAGCGCCCCCUUUUGGUGUGGAUAGUUGGUUUUGAUUGUAAAGAAGGCACUCUGGGAACAGUGUAACCUCAAAAGAUGAGAGCUAGAAACACUUAGAUGCAUUCAUUCACACACGCGUGUGCAUACACAUACAGAAACGCACCUGUGAGCAUUGUAAUACACUCCUAUUUCGUUACAGCAUAGUUCUGUCUCCGCAAGGAGGUCUAAAGCUGCAAAUGACUGCGGCAGAGAAAAUGUGUCCCUGGUUGUCACAGUUGAAAAAGAGGGAGGGACGGCUCUACCUUACUUUGUUACUGUCAUCUUGGCUCCUGCUCUCAGAUCAUUCUUUUUUUGUUGUUGUUGUUCUUUCCACAUCAUAGAAAAACAAAAAGAUUAAAAUGGAAGUGAAAUAAAUUAUUUCUGGAAUGACA